AUGCAGUACGUGCGCAGUAUCAGCGGUUCCGUUUCCAAGACAUGGAACUCCAUCAAUCCAGCUACUCUCAGCGGAGCCAUCGAUGUGAUCGUUAUCGAACAGGAAGAUGGUACCCUUGCGUGUUCCCCAUUCCACGUUCGAUUCGGUAAAUUUUCGCUACUUCGCCCCUACGAGAAAAAGGUAGAAUUUCGGGUAAACGGGGUCAAGCAAGACUAUGCGAUGAAACUUGGGGAAGGCGGGGAAGCAUUUUUCGUUUUCGAAACUUCAGACAAUAUUCCUGAGUCUUUACAGACAUCGCCUUUAGUCUCCCCGGUCUCAAGCCCCAAGCGUGGCCUAACUGAUGGCGGAACACCUCUCCAGGAACCUGACUAUCUGGACCUUACUUUUGAUAAACAGAAUAAUACGGGAGCAGAUGAUGGUGCCCAGCACUCUCCGCCCGUGAAUAUCUCAGGGCUCGGGAGAGCAAAGAGUGAUUUGGGUUUGUUUUGCUAUUCAACCAGAACUACGGCAUUACUUUCGGGGUCAUCGGAGGAUGGUUCUUCUCGUCCGGCGCAUGCUGCACCCUGGCUGGCACCGGCCGCUACGCUGGAUCGCUCUCGGUCGGAGGAUUUAUCUACUGAACCGACCUCCAGGAGUCUUGGGCAAGGCAGUGGAAUUCGGCCCCAAAAACAUUUUGGCACCUUCCAUCUGCCCCCACAGCGGAGAAGUCCUUUGUCCGAGCGUGGGGACUUAAUGUUGGACAUGACGGGUUAUAAGAGCAGUGACGAGGAUGCGCUUCGCGCUGAAGUGAUUGCUCGAAAACUGCUCGCGGAGGAACUUGAGGGCAAUUAUGACAUCGGAGCGUUGAUUGGUGCUGACGAGCAUGGGAACUUAUGGAUCUAUAGUAGCGAGGAGUCUAAGGAGGCAGCAAGCCACAGAGCAGCAUUGCACCCAUCGAGGACCAUGGACGACGCGGUUUCCGACCCUGGCUAUCACAGCGAAAGCGAACAGAGCGGUAAUGAAACACAAGCGACUCAAAGACAUCAUCGAUCCCAGUCCGUUCUCCAACAAUUUCCUGCUGACUUUCAAACGCCUAGCGAUGGAGAGAACGUCGAACCGAGUCGCAAUUAUGCCAAGACCCUCAGACUAACAAGUGAACAGCUGAAAGCAUUGAAUCUGAAGCCUGGAGCCAAUGAAAUGACUUUCAGUGUCAAUAAAGCUACAUGCCCUGCGGCAAUGUAUUUGUGGAAUUAUAAAGUGCCCAUUGUGAUCUCUGACAUUGAUGGGACAAUUACGAAGUCUGAUGCCCUUGGACAUGUGCUUAACAUGAUCGGCCGUGAUUGGACUCACCUCGGGGUCGCCAAGCUGUACAAUGAUAUAGUUAGCAACGGAUAUAAUUUGAUGUACCUCACGAGUAGAUCCACUGGCCAAGCGGAUACAACCCGAACAUAUCUCAACGGCAUUGUCCAGGAAGGCUACAAACUGCCUAAAGGGCCUGUCAUAAUGAGUCCGGAUAGAACAAUAGCCGCUCUACGCCGUGAGAUAUACUUGAGGAAACCAGAGGUAUUCAAAAUGGCCUGUCUACGCGAUAUCCUGAGCCUGUUCCGGGGACGGAAAAACCCUUUCUAUGCUGGUUUCGGCAACCGACUCACUGACGCACUCAGUUAUCGAUCAGUGAACAUCCCUUCAUCGAGGAUAUUUACCAUCAACUCAAAUGCAGAGGUUUCGCUGGACCUGCUGAGUUUGAAUAAGUAUAAGAGUAGUUACGUAACCAUGCGUGAACUUGUCGACCACUUUUUCCCACCAGUCAGAAUGCUUGUUCAAGAAGGCGGGGAAGAUUUCACGGAUUUCACGUAUUGGCGGGAUCAGCCCAGAGACCUGGACAAUUUCUCUGCGACGGAUACGAGUGAUGAUGGUGACGGUGAGGACGAGCAUGAGGAUGAGGGUAGCGAGGAUGGGUACGAUGGCGAAUACAUGCGUGAUAGUUAUAUUUCGAUGGAUCAUCGACAUCCCGGAGCAGACAUGCGAAAUUUGGCCAAUUCGAUGUUAGAGGAAUAUGCGUCUGAAGAUCAAGCUGAAGGGUCGGAUUUGGAAGAUGAAGAGGGAAAUUUCGACGUUGACAAUAAGGAUCAUUUGGAACAGGAUUCAAAUUCGGAUGGGGAUGAGGACGAGGACGAGGAUCCGGACUCGGGAGGGGGUGUUAGGCUCGCGACUUUAUCGAUUAAUGGUGGGAGCAGGCACUCCGAAGCGUUACCUGCGUGA